AUGAUUCAUAAGGACACGGAUGAUAGGGAAAUGCUCCUUACAGGAUUCUAUGGAUCCCCUCAAGUUGAUCAAAGAGAGAAUAGUUGGAACUUGUUGAGGGCUUUGAAGCCAAAUAAUGGUAGAGCCUGGGUCUGUGCAGGUGAUUUCAAUGAGAUUCUGAAUCAACAUGAGAAGGCUGGGGCUGCUAUGAGACCUUAUGGUCAAAUGCAGAAGUUUAGAGGAGCAGUGGAUGAUUGUGGUCUUAGUGAUCUGGGCUUUCGUGGCAACAAGUUUACUUGGAGUAAUAACAGGGAAACCAACCAGUUUACCAAAGAAAGAUUGGAUAGGGGCUUGGGCAAUUCACAGUUAUCUCUCAUGUUCAGUUACAUAGAUAUUUACACUCUUUCCGCUCAAUCUUCAGAUCACUCUCCCCUUUUUGUUUCCAUGUCCAAUGAUCUCAACAACUGUUUUCAGAAAAGGCAUUUGUUUAGAUAUGAAUGCUCUUGGGACAAGAAGGAGGAAUGCAGAAAGAUUGUUGAAGAAGAAUGGAGAUCAAAAGCAACAAGGGGAAGCAAACUUCACUCAGUCUUGGGAGGCUUGACACUAUGCAGAAAGGCUCUCACUAGAUGGAAAAAGAUCUGUUAUAAAAACAAUAAGGAGUUGGUGUUAGAACAUUUGCAGGUUAUCUCGAGGCUUCAAGAGGAGAAUAUGGGGCAGUCUGGGGCUGUUAUUAAGGAGAAGCAGAAGGCAGUAGAUCAAUUACUAGCAGAAGAUGAUCUAAGAUGGAAACAAAGAGCCAAACAAAGAUGGCUACAAAACGGGGACAGGAAUACAAGGUAUUUUCAUAUGUGUGCCAACCAAAGAAGAAAAACUAAUAGGAUUAGCAAGGUUGAAGGGGAAGAUGGCAGUCUCCAUACUAAUCCUACUCAGGUGGCAGGGCUAUUUCAAGCAUAUUAUGAGAAGUUAUUUGCAUCUUCUCAGCCUGCAGGAAUUGGUGAUUGCUUACAAGCCUUGACUCCUAAGGUUACAGAAGAAAUGAACACUUUCUUGUGCAAAGAUUUUGUGGCAGAAGAAGUGAGAGUGGCAGUUUUUCAGAUGAACCCACUGAGUUCACCUGGACCAGAUGGGUUCAAUGCAGGGUUCUACCAAGCACACUGGCAGGUGGUGGGGGAGGAUGUGAGUAAAGCAGUGCUCGACUUCUUGAACCUUGGUAGAGGAGAUCUACACACCAUUAAUGACACCUUUAUUGUUUUAAUUCCCAAAAAGAAAGAUCCUUCCAAGGGAACUGACUAUAGACCUAUUUCUCUUUGCAAUGUAAUCUAUAAAGUUAUCUCUAAAGUGAUUGCACAUAGGUCGAAGAAAGUUUUACCUGCUCUUGUAUCUCCAAACCAGAGUGCUUUUAUACCUGGUAGGCUUAUUAUGGAUAAUGUGAUGGUUGCCUACGAAGCUAUGCAUUCUAUGAACAAUAGAUUGAAGGGAAAAUAUGGUUUUAUGGCUUUAAAGUUAGAUAUGAGCAAGGCCUAUGAUAGGGUUGAGUGGGAGUUUCUGCUUGCUGCAUUGUCUAAGAUGGCUUCAUCCUUAGAGUGGAGCAACUUGCUCUAUCUAUUGGAAUGUUAUGAGAAGGCUUCUGGCCAAAGGUUGAAUAAGGAGAAGACCUCUAUUUAUUUCAGCAAAAACACUCCUUAUGAGAUAAAAGCAAUGAUACUGAGUAUAGCAGGUGUUCGAUCAUCAUGUUCCUAUGAGAGGUAUUUGGGGCUACCAGCUUUUGUUGGAAGAUCUCGAUCCAAGGCUUUCUCAUCUAUCUUGGAUAGAGUCAGUAGUAAGAUAUGCAAUUGGAAGAAUAAAUUCUUGUCUAAAGCUGGGAAAGAAGUGCUGCUGAAAGCAGUAAUCCAGGCCUUACCAACUUAUUGCAUGGGGGUUUUUAAACUGCCUAAAGGUUUGCUUGGUAAGAUUAACAACAUGAUGAGACAAUUCUGGUGGGGCCAACAGGAAGGUGAAAGGAAGAUUAACUGGAUUUCUUGGAGGCAAAUGAGCAAGUCUAAAUCAGAGGGGAGGCUUGGUUAUAGGGAUUUUGAAAGUUUUAAUAUAGCCUUGUUAGCUAAACAAUGCUGGAGAUUACUCCAAUCUCCAGAUUCUUUAGUUGGUCAGAGGAUAGGGGAUGGUGCUCAGGUGUGCAUUUGGAAGGACAGGUGGAUUCCUCAACCUGACUCAUUUAAGAUUCAAAGUAGUCCUACUACUGUAGACCUGAAUGAGAAAGUGGCAAGUCUUAUUGACCCAGUGACAAAGGGCUGGAAUUACUCUCUGAUUAGCAGUUGGUUUUCUACAAGAGAAGUGGACCUCAUAACCCAACUUCCUGUUAGCACUAAUGGGUGUCCUGAUAUGUUAGUAUGGAGAUGCAACCAGAAUGGCCUCUUUACAGUAAGGAGUGCCUAUCACCUACAAAUGGAGCUACUUGAAAAGGUUAAAGGACAAUGUUCAACUGUAGGGUCUGAAAGUCAGUUGUGGCUAUCUCUAUGGAAUCUCAAUGUGCCUAGAUCAGUCCUAGUUUUCAUGUGGAGAGCUUGUUUGGAAUCUCUUCCAACCAAGCUCAAUCUGUAUAAACGUAGGGUGGUGGACUCUCCUAUGUGUCCUAUCUGUCUAUCAGAAGAAGAAUCAAGUCUACAUGCCAUCUGGUCUUGUUUGGCUGCACGAGAUGUCUGGUGUCAAGGUUUCAAAAAGCUGCAGAAGGCUGUCUUCGAUGUCUGUGACUUUAAAGGGCUACUCAAGGCUUGGUUUUCUCAUUUUGGACAAGAUCAGGUGGAGGUAAUAGCAGUUAUUGCACACAAGAUUUGGCAGAGGAGGAAUAAACUUCUAUUUGAAGAGGAGUUUACUCAUCCUUCUGAUUUGAUGCGCCUCAGUUUGUAA